AUGUCUGGCAUUGGCAAAUUAAAGAUAAAAGGGAUCCGGGCCUUUUCAGAGGACCAGCCAGCAGCCAUUGAAAUGCAGAGCCCGCUGACUUUGAUAGUGGGGCACAAUGGGACAGGGAAGACAACAAUUGUUGAAGCUCUGAAAUAUGCCACGACAGGGUCUCUUCCUCCCAACAGCAAAAACGGAGCAUUCAUUCACGACCCAAGGAUGUCCCAGGGGACAGAGACCAAAGCACAGAUAAUGAUGAAGUUCACAUCGUGCGAGGGGAAGGAGUACAUCAUAGUGCGAGGAAUGACGCAGACAGUGGGGAAAAUAAAAAAAGAAACAAGAACAAGUGAAAGCGUGCUCUGGGAGAUAAAGAAUGGAGAAAAAAGGAUGAUAUGCAAUAAACUGUCUGAGGUGGAUAAUGAAGUGCCUCUUCUCCUGGGCACAACGCCAGCUGUGCUAGAGAAUGUGAUAUUUGUGCACCAGGAAGAGUCUACGUGGCCGCUUGGAGAUUCGUCGGUUGUAAAAAAGAAAAUGGAUGGAAUAUUUUCAUCUUCUCGGUUCAUCAAGGCACUCGAUGCACUGACAGUCUUGAAAAAAGAAAAAACAAGCGAGCUAAAGAUUCUGUCGUGUAAGUACGAGACACUGCAGCAGAGAACGCAGAACAAGCACGUGAUAGAGCAGAGAAUAGCAAGAAUAAUAGAAAGACUGUCGGUCAUUAAGAAUAUUUCAGACCUAGCAAAAGAUAAACUGAAAAAUGCACAGAUUGACCUGAAAGAAAAAGAAAAACAGAGUGAAACUGUUCUAUCUGAGCUGAGGGAUAAAGAAAGAGCGCAGUCUGAGCUGCAGGGCCUAUCUACCAAGCCGCUGAUAAAUAAGCCAGUCAGCGAGCUGCAGAGCAUUCUUCCAAGCGCAUGCAAAGAGGAUCUGGAGGGCCUAAAGCAGGAAGAAAGUCUGCUGGAGAUGGAGUGCAUGGAAGUCCUGGAGAAAAUAAGAAAGUUCGAAGAGCUAAAAGAAAAAAUAGAGAAAAAUAAGCUUGAGGUCGAAAUACUACUAGAAAAUAGGGCAAAUACCACAGAAGAGAUGAAAAAACACAUAGAUGCAAGUCGAAAUGUUUUGAAAAGCAUUUUCAUGCGGCUGCAGGGCGUUUUAGAGGUAGUAAGCCAGGAAAAAGAAAAAGAGCUGGAGAAAAAGCUGGGUGAACUGAAGAGCCAGCUGAGCUAUCUGAUAGAGUCAAAUGAAAAGUACGAUCUUGAAAAUGCGCUCUUAGAAAGCCCUAUUGAGCUAGAGGCUGCUGUAGAUGACGAGGUGUGUCUCAUAGAAAGCGCAAAGGGACUGAUAGAACAGAUCUACUCAGUGCUGGAGCAUAAACUGCAGAGAAAAGAAAGCCUGAUUAGAAUAAAAACAGAAGAGAUGGGCAUUCUGAAAGAAAAGCACAGAAAUAUAGUUCGAAGACUCGAAGAGAUAAAAACAGUUAUGAAUGCAGACCUGAAUGAAAAUGAUGCAUCGUUCAUAACAGAAGUGCAGGAGAACGAGAAUGUGCUAAAUACGUCCUUUGUGCGCCAGGAGUAUGACAAACAGAAAAUAUUCCUGGAAAUAGAAGAGCUGCAAAGGGAAAUAGAAAUAGCUCUCAAAGAAACAGAAAAACGAAAAGAGAAAGAGUUUCUGCAGGAAGAGAUAGACAGAAAAAAGAAAGAGCUGGAGUUUAUACCGUUCCCGGCGGAUGUAAAGCCAGGAGCAACCAUGGAAAAUAUUCUGCAGAUAGAGGAGACAACAGAGAUAAAGAUACGCAGCUUAGAGACAAAGAUAAAAGAAAUUCAGCAAAGCCAGCAGCAGCAGAUAGAAAUAAAAGUGCAAAAAGAGUCAAAGCAUCUAGCUGCUGCGCUAGUCCAGCAGAUGAAAAUCAAAAAAAUAGAGAAAAUACUUCAAGAAAUAACAGGAGAGAUUGUGGCUGGAAAGAUACUAAUUACAAAGUCAGAAAUACUCCAGAGAAUAAAAGAAGGAGGGAGGAUGAAUGUAGUGACUGGAUAUGAAGAUGCGCUCUCUGAUCUAAACGAGUCCUGGGGAGGCAUUUCAGCCUCAGAGAAGAUAUACGAAGAGUUUCUAAAUAGAGCGCAUGAAGAGUGUCCGUUCUGCAAGUCGUUCAUUAGCACUGGGGUCUCAAAAGGACACGUCCAGAAAGUUAAGACAAUUCUCGAAUGCAUACAAAAGAAAAAGAACGAAAUACAGAGCGAAAUAAUUUUGGAGAAUGAGAGGACAAAAACAAAACAGCAUCAGUCUCUUCUAAGAGUCCUUUUGAACGAGAUAUCUAGCCUGUUUCUGGAGGACUUUUCAAGCGAAAAGUCAUCUGAAAAAGAUAGUGUGCUACUGCUUGAUGAGUCACUAGGCCUUCUGGAUACUUUGAACAAACAGAUGAGAUCUAUAAAGAACCUAAAAGGCAAGUACCAGGAGAUAGAUGCUCUCAAGAGAAGGGAAGAGAGAAUACAUCUGGUCAGCGAAGACUACAACAUAGUCAAUGCGAAGUACAAGCAAAAGAUGGCAGAGCUGCAGGAAAUAGAAAAGUGCGAACAGAAAGAGCAGGAGAAGUACAUUGAGUUUGAAAACAAAAAACAAGAGUCUCGGGAUAGAAUAAAAGAAAUAGAAGAAAUAAUGCAGAAGAGAAACAAGUACAAAAACGAAGCAAUGUCUCUGGAAAAAGAGCACUACGACAUGGAAAAUGCGAAAACAAAAACAGAAACUCUUCUGCACGAAAAGUCUGCAGAAAUAGCGGAAUUGCACAGAAGUGAGGCAGUGCUAUACAAAGCCAAAGAAAUGGUCAAAGAGUGCCAGCCUCCAACCGGCAACCUGAUAAAGAUAGCAUCCUUCAAAGAGAAGAUACAAGAGAUAUUUAUAAAGGUAGAAAGACUGUCAAAGGAUGUGUACACCGAAGACCACAAAAAAGCAGAAACAGACCUAAAACAGCAGCUUAUUGAGACAGAGGAUAAAAAAGAACUUGUUAAUAAGAAGAGAAGAGUAGCAGAAGAUGCACAGACACACAAACAGCUUGUAAAAGACUCCAUCAGAGCAGCUAUACUUCGAAGCAAAAUUGAGAGCAGCUUUGCAACACAGCAGACUCUCUUUGACCUCCAAAUAGAAAUCGACGGAAUAGAAGAAGCAAUUCUAAAAGAGCAGAAAAUCAUCUCAGAGUGCGUUGGAGAAGAGUACAAUUUGGAGAAACAGAAACAAGAAGACGAGGCAGAUGUGAAAAUACAUGCAAAUGCUGAGACAGAUGAACUGUCCGUAUUCAUAACAAUGAAAGUGCUGAAGGAAAGCAUUUCCGACCUUGAAAAGUACAUCAAGGGAGUGCAGGCAGGGAUCGUAAGAUACCACUCAGAGAAGCUAGCAGAGGUCAACGCAAUAAUAAAGGAAAUCUGGGACCUCGCAUACAAAGGAACAGACAUCGAUGAGAUAAAGAUUAUUUCGCACCUAGACAAAACAUACAGCAUCUCUAUGGUGAAAAACGGUGUGGAAAUAGACAUGCGAGGAAGAGUAAGUGCAGGACAGAAGGUUUUAACAUCCAUAGUUAUACGCCUGGCACUCGCUGAGGCGUUCAGUGUAAACUGUGGGUUUCUAUCCCUGGACGAGCCAACAACCAAUUUGGACAAGGCAAAUAUAUCUGGUUUAGCCAGGGCUCUUUCUUCCAUUAUAAAAGCCAGGAAGGCAGAAGGCAACUUCCAGCUCCUUGUCAUCACGCAUGACGAAGAGUUUGUCAGAGAGCUGCUGGCAACAGAGUGCACAGAGUAUUUCUAUCGGCUAGAAAGAGAUCUCGUGGGAACACCAAAGAUUGUCCAACUGUCAAUAUACGACAUAUAG